UAUAUAUAUAUAUUUACGGCUCUCGGUAGCAAUCCAGCCAGGACUCUCUAUAUAUUUCCAUGCACAUGUCAAUCUCUUCCUCUGCCUGCACUCCAUCUGGCAGCUUUGCACCAGGUUCUGUUGUUAUUGUCGAUGGUGGUUGGUGGUGUUUUCUUUUGCUUUUCGGUUUGUGCCUCCUGCCCUCCCUCCCGCUUCUCCCCACCCCCUUCUCCGGCACUGCUACACUCUCCCCUUUCCUCAUAAUUGUGCAGAGAAUUUAUUAUUAUUAUUAUUGUUAUUAUUAUUACUACUACUAUUACUAUUAUUACAAUCGCUUGCUAAAUAUUUAUCAUUUAGCCGCUAUCCCCACUUCCCCCUGCGCGCGCGUGUAUGCAUGUGUGCGUGUGCGUGUUUUAGAUGUGGUUUUGUCUAUUGUUGGCAUGAGACCGGAGGGUGGGGGGAGAUACAUCUUUCUCCCGUACGAGAUGUGACUCCAUUCAGCUUCCUUCCCCCUCACCCCCUCCCCACCCCCUUUCCACCCCAUCAUUUCUUUUUAAACCUGCACUACCUCUCGGUAGAUUCAUCUCUCAGGCUCAUUUUUCCCGAAAGAAAGAUGAAAGACGUGUAAUUAGAGAAAGAGGAAAGGGUGUGAAAAAGAUGGAAGGGAGAAAAGGGGGAAAAAAAAAAAAAAAGGAGGGGAGGAAAUGUGCUACUCUAUCUUCGCUUCCCUGUGCUUCCCGGUGCCCCGGAGUGUGCUUCUGUGAGAAAUUUGGCCUUGUUUUCAUUCCAUGCGUUCAAAGGAAAGUUUGUGACUGAAUCGUGUUUCUGUACUUCUGUCAUUUCUUUCUUUCGAUUUUUCCUUUUUCUUUUCUUUUUCUUUCUUUCUUUCUUUUUUUUUUUUUUUUUUUUUUUUUUUUUAGUGCGCUGCUCAUGUUAUUUCUUCAUCAAACUCCACCCUCUCCUUAAAGUCUUCCUACAAAUCUCAAUUUAUAACCGCUUUACCGGUUCUUCUCAUUUUAGCAACAUCCACAGCCUGUAUCUAGCACCGGGUCCACACUAUUUCCAGCUGCUCUGCUUUUUUUUUUUUUUUUUUUCUCCUCCUUUCCAAAAGUUGUCUGUGGUUUUCCUUGCGUUCAGACUCAUUCUCGUGUAUGGGGGAUUUCCUGCCCUCUUUUCUCCUUGAAACAUGUUCUCUCGGUUUAAAGUUUACCCCGUGACUAUCGUUAAAGAUGUUCUAAAGAUGUCACAUCAGCGAAAUAAUUGAUUCUCCGGAGCAGGGAUUUUAAAAUUGUAUUUUAUAUGCCACAAGAAAAGGAAUUGAAAUGGGCUGCUCCAGGUCUAAAAGAGCUCACAAAUAUGAUGGCUUCAUUGGUAGCUGCAGGGGCUGUUGGUAGGCACCUGGGAGAGUGGAGGCAAGCAAUUUUUUUAAAAAAAGGAAGGAGGAGAAAAAAAUAAACAAAAAAGUGAGAAUUGUGCAUGCAGUUAAAUGAAAAAAUGUCUGCCAAGUUUGCAAGUAGAUUGAAGAGGGAGAGGUAGGGCUGGAGGGCAGCAGGACAGAGGUCUGGCCCGGGUGGCGAGGAGGGCUCGCUGGGGAAGAAAAGAGAAAGUUGAGAAAAAUGUGGCACGCCGGAAACAUGAGUGAUUGCAUGUGCGGGUGUGUGCCAGCGAGCGUGUGCUGGUGUGCGGGGUGUCUGUGUGUGCAGGGUACGAGCCUGAGUGGCCGUAUCUUCCCCUCAAGUUACAUUUGUUUACAUGGCAAGCGGCUGCAAACGCUGGCACUGAUGGAGUAAAACACAUGCACGCACUAAAAAAAAAAAAAAAAAAAAAAAAAAAAAAAAAAAAAAAGAGAGAGAGAAAAAGAACAACAAAAAAACCCCCAACUUUGGUCAGCUUUCGGGACUCGAGGCAUGCUUACGCUCUGUGUGGAGAUGGUUAAUGAAUCCAGUGUUUUUGCAGUUGCAAGCUUGUGCAUUCACUGUGCAACGCUGACUGCAGGCUUUUGCAGUGGCAACAGCUCACCAAAGAUAUUAAUUACACCGUCCCCUUUUUUUUCCACGAAUGUUUGGCUAUUCGGUUCAGCGAGGAAGAAUGCCGCCCACCCAGCCCAACCCCGGCCAGUACGCGCUGACCAACGGCGACCCCCUGAACGGGCACUGCUAUCUCUCGGGAUACAUCUCCCUCCUGCUGCGGGCCGAGCCCUACCCCACCUCCCGCUACGGCAGCCAGUGCAUGCAGCCCAACAACAUCAUGGGCAUCGAGAACAUCUGCGAGCUGGCCGCCCGUCUGCUCUUCAGCGCCGUCGAGUGGGCCCGCAAUAUUCCCUUCUUCCCCGACCUGCAGAUCACCGACCAGGUGGCCUUGCUGCGGCUCACCUGGAGCGAGCUCUUCGUCCUCAAUGCUGCCCAGUGCUCCAUGCCCCUCCAUGUGGCCCCGCUCCUGGCCGCCGCCGGCCUCCACGCCUCCCCCAUGUCGGCAGACCGCGUUGUCGCCUUCAUGGACCACAUCCGCAUCUUCCAGGAACAGGUGGAGAAGCUGAAGGCGCUGCACGUCGAUUCGGCUGAAUACAGCUGCCUGAAAGCCAUCGUCCUCUUCACCUCAGACGCCUGCGGCCUAUCGGAUGCUGCGCACAUCGAGAGUCUCCAGGAGAAAUCGCAGUGCGCGCUAGAGGAGUACGUGCGGAGCCAGUACCCCAACCAGCCGAGCCGCUUCGGGAAGCUGCUGCUGCGGCUGCCCUCCCUGCGCACCGUCUCUUCCUCCGUCAUCGAGCAGCUCUUCUUCGUCCGCUUGGUAGGUAAAACCCCCAUCGAAACCCUCAUCAGGGAUAUGCUACUGUCGGGGAGCAGCUUCAACUGGCCUUACAUGUCCAUCCAGUGCUCCUAGAGCCCGUCCCGCAGCCCCGGCGGAGCGGCGGCCGAGCGGCGCCCAGGGAGCGCUCGCACCCGGGGCUCUCGGGGCGCGGGGGGGCCCGGGAGGCGGACACUGAACAAAAGAGAGGGCGAGAGGGAGCACAGAUGUGGCCGUGGAGGGGAGAAGGACGGACCUGUCGUCCGUGGAGGUUGUGAUGUUUCGCCUUUUUUUUUUUUUUUUUUUGGCCUAUUUUGGUUUUUUUUUUUUCUGUUCCGUUUCGUUUUCUUUCGGAGAGGAGGAAAAAAAAAAAUAAAUAAUAUUAAUAAAAGAGACAAAAAAAAUGAGUAUUGAGGGGAUAUUAAUCAAACCUGAAGGGGAUACUGGAUCUUCCAGGAUUUAUUGUGGACUGUUGUUGAUAUAUGCUGUACAGUAAACCAACAAAACAAAAAAAGCAUUGAAACUGAACUGAACCUUGUGUAGAAUAAAAACAAAACCGCCCAAAACCAAGCAAACGACAACAAAA